AUGUUGUUACUACUUCUUUUAUUUUUGCCAUCAUUUUGCGAAAUUCUUCAAGUUGGACUCAUCGCGGCACCGGAUGAUAAUUCUGAAUUAAAUAGGUUUUUGGGAUGGUCUCAAGUUGCCGGAGGACUCGGUGUGGCAUGGGACCGAAUUAAAGAUUUACAGAUUCUUCCUAGUUAUGAAUCGAUGAAUUUAACCUGGGUGAUCAACUCGUGCAGUGAAUCUGAAUCAAUUGGAGCCGUCAUAAACUACUACGAUGCAAAAGCUCAUGUGAUCUUGGGCCCUCCAUGUACAAGACCCGCCAAAGUGGCUGGAUCGGUUGCAAAAUACUUGAACAUGCCUCUAAUCUUAUGGGGUCCACCAUUUGAUUCAGGUCUUCUGGAUCAAUAUGAAUAUCCAACUAUUGCAACAACAUCUUCUAGCACUAUCUACCAAGCAAUGUCGAUUAUCCGACUUUUGCAAUACUUCCAAUGGACCGAAUUUGCAUUAAUCUACUAUCUUGCUCGUGCGGACCUCAUUCAUCGCUGUGGUCCACUGAUAUCGGAUCUCGAUCUUCUUGUCAGCAACAAUGAUAAUCUAACAGUCACUUAUCGUCGACAAAUGAGUGUCAUAACGAACAACAGUUUCGCGAAUGCGUUGAAAAACAUGAAAGAACUCGCCAGAAUCGCAAUUGUGUGUCUAGAAUCGAACGAGGCACGCCGGAAUCUAAUGAUCGCUGUCGCUGAAUCGGGUCUCGACACUAAUGAAUUUCUAUUUAUCAUGGCUGAAUCGAGAAGAGUCGGGUUUGCAUCAUCAAUUUGGAAUGGAACGGAUGGCAAGAAUGAAAUAGCACUACGAGGAGCUAAUAGAUUCCUAUUGUUGGACAAUCAAAAGUUCAACGACACUUCUCUAUUCUCUUCGCAAAUCAUCGACGCCAUCAAAAAACCGCCGUUCAACUGUCAGAAUUGUACUUCAGUCGAUGUUCUAUACUCUCAAGCCGGACAACUAGCUGAUGCAUUGCUGUUAUAUGCACAUGCAUUGAAUAUUUCAAUACAGUCUGGCAAUGCAAAACCCGGUGGAGUCGAAAUAUGUAACAUAAUGAAAGGAAUCACUUUUAAAGGAUUCACUGGAACUGUGAUAAUCAAUCAGAACUCAACGAGAACUCCUGUAUUCUAUUUAUACAAUUUGGAUGAUAAUUAUAAUGAGUUUCCAAUAUUAAAAAUGGAGGAAGAUCUUGAUAAGGAUGCUGAGCCGAUUGUUCUCUUGGCUUCACUCGAAAAAAUUUGGGCCACAUGGGGUGGAUCGAAGCCAUUAAGUACACCGCUUUGUGGAUUUCUCGGCGAUGAAUGUCCGAAAUCGUUUGCCGAACAAUAUUUGGCUAUUAUAUUAGGCUGCACCGCAGCGGCGAUUGUCAUGUUAAUUGCAAUUAUAGCAGCUAUUGUAUUCUUUAUCAAGUCAAAGCGGAAGGAAGAGGAACGUCUCAAUCAGCUAUGGCAUGUGCCUUUCAAUAGUCUAACAAAACCACCCCAAAAGAAUACAAUGCAUAGUUCGAGAUCGCUCAGUAGUACAGUGACAUCAAGUACAAAAGUGACAAUCAACUCGAAAAAAGACACCGAAAGACACGCAUUCUAUUUUCUUGGAGGGGAUUCGGUUGUCGCCAGAAAACAUAAUUUUCGGAUCGCAUUCACUAAAUCGGAUAACGCCGAAUUUCGAAAGAUGCGAAAUAUGGACCAUGAUAAUGUUUGCAAAUUCAUUGGAUUGUCUAUCGAUUCUCCUCAAUUGCUCUCGAUAUGGCGCUUUUGUUCUCGUGGAUCUCUUGCUGAUGUUAUCACCAAAGGAUCGCUUCAAAUGGAUUGGUUCUUUAAGUAUUCAUUGAUGAGGGAUGUCUCCGAAGCCAUGUUCUACAUUCAUCAUUCCUCGAUUGGUCCUCAUGGAUGGCUGAGUUCUUCAACAUGUCUUGUUGAUGAACGCUGGCAAGUCAAAGUCAGUUUUCAUGGAUUGACUGCUAUCAAACGAUUUGAAAUGAAAGAGCCUAGAGAUUUAUUACAUACGGCUCCUGAGCAUAUUCGAGACAACUCUUUGCCACCAACUAAGGAAGGUGAUGUUUAUAGUUUUGCAAUUAUUUGCUCCGAAAUCAUUACAAAAAAGUCUGCAUGGGAUUUGGAAAACGAGCAAUUUGAUGUCGAUGAAUUGGUGUAUAAAAUCAAAAAAGGCGGAAGGAACCCGAUAAGACCUUCUCUGGACACCGAGGAUGAGCACAAUGGAUCGAUGUCUCUUCUAGUUCGAGACUGCUGGAAUGAAAUCCCCGAUCAGCGGCCGACAAGCGAUCAAAUCAAAACAUUAAUGAAGAGCAUGAAUCAUAACAGAUCUUCAAACUUAAUGGAUCACGUGUUCAAUGUUCUUGAGCAAUAUGCUUCGAACCUUGAAGAAGAAGUUCAAGCAAGAAUGAAGGAAUUGACGGAGGAGAAGAAGCGAAGUGAUGUUCUUCUAUACAGAAUGCUACCAAAGCAAGUGGCAGAAAAACUGAAACUUGGGCAAAGUGUUGAGCCGGAAACCUUCGACUGCGUUACCAUAUUCUUCUCCGAUGUGGUCUCUUUCACAACACUCGCAAGUCGAUGCACACCGCUUCAGGUUGUCAAUUUACUCAACGAUUUAUACACAACAUUCGACGCUAUAAUUGAUAAUCACGAUGUUUAUAAGGUUGAAACCAUUGGCGAUGGAUAUUUAUGCGUCUCUGGGCUUCCGCAUCGAAACGGAAACGAGCACGCGCGAGAAAUCGCCGAAAUGUCGUUCUCGCUCCUCCGCGCGAUCAAAACAUUCCGAAUUCCCCAUUUGCCGAAAGAACGAAUCAAUAUUCGCGUCGGUUUGCAUACGGGACCCGUCGUCACCGGAGUCGUCGGUCUCACAAUGCCCCGUUAUUGCCUUUUUGGCGAUUCGGUGAACACAGCGAGCCGAAUGGAGAGUAAUGGAAAACCUGGAAGAGUGCAUAUCUCGACAGAAUGCAUGAAAUUCCUCACUGAAGUCAUUGGUGGAUACCAGACAGAAGUUCGAGGAGAAGUCAUUGUAAAGGGAAAAGGCGCUGUUCAGACGCACUGGCUUCUAACCAAAGAGGAAAUUGAAGCAAGAGGCGAAUCAGCAAUCUGA